CUUACCGUUUCAAACUCUCUCUCUCUCUUUCUCUCUUUCUCCUCAAAUACAACCCCCCCUUUCUCUCACUUUCAUCAUGAGUCAAGCUGAGAACGGCGCAUUGCGGAUGACCCGCUCCCGUGCACGAGCACUGGCGACCAUCGCUGACGCAAAUACUGACAACGCCAAGCCAUCUGCCACUGCUUCUGCUUCUGCUGUCAAACCUGCCACCAAUGCUCGGAAGCCAGCCAACCCGAGCAAGAACGACAAGUCCAGUGCCAGUACCAGCACCGCCGUGGCAGCCGUCGCAGUGCCCGAGCCACGCACUCGCGCGACCCGCGCUGCCGCAAAGGCCGAGAGCGUCAUCGAGUCAAAGCCAGUCAUCACGACCGCGCGCCGCUCAACCAAGGCGACCACUACGAAUGCGACUAGUGCUAGCGCAAGCACUGCUGCUGACAACGAGCCCAAGUCACGGCGCACGACUGCCGCCAGCAAACGCGCUCAAGCCAGCUCGGUCAUCAUCGAACCGACGCCGCUGACCCCUGCUGCUCCUGCACCUGCUGCUCCGGUCGUCCUUGCGUCAGACAUUGAUUCAGUCGCCCAGCAGGUCGCGCAGCUGGAGGUCACACCUCGGAAACGAAACCCAGUCUGCUACCGCGCACCGGAGUCGCUCUCGCCCGAGCCGUCGUCCACAAUGCUCGUCGUUGAACCAAGCAUGUACGAGCUCGUCCUGCCUGCCAACGGCGCGUUUGGCAUUGCAGAUGAUAUCGCCGAGGACCACGCACGUUUGCCGCAGGAAGAGGUCAGCAGGGACGAAUUUGUCACUCCGAUGGACUUGGAAGCGGACGAGCGCUCGUCGUCCUCCGACAAUGGGUCUGCUGAGAAUGCCACCCACCAGUCCAGCCACGGCGGCCUGGGCCUGAACGAAAGCAUGGACGAAACCGUGUCUGGCCUGCUUUCGAUGCCGGCAACACCCCCCGCGCGCGUCUCCGCUGCGCAAGCCUCAUCAUCGCCGUUGUCUGGCCGUCGUCCACUCUCCGCGUUCCGCCACAGCACCGUCGCCAGCUCAAGCAGCGCAGGACCUUUAGCGGCGGCAUCGAGGCUCGGAACGCCCAUGCGUGUGCCAAUGACGCCCGCUGUGCUGACCGAACCGCGCUGGACGCCUCGCACGACCACUCGCCGCGUUGAUCCCGCGGUCGAUCUCAUUGCAGCGCUGAAAGUCGUCACACUCUCUGACGCGCCUGUGGCCUUGUUCCCCGCGUCUCGCUCUGUCCCAGGCCCCGGUGCGUUGGUGGCCGCCACCGACGGCGAUGACACCAAGUCUGCUGCAACACAGCCCGCCUCGACAGCCACCGAGACUUCUACCACUGCUGCUACUGCUGCGUCAACCUCUUCUGCUGAGAAAUCUGAAGAGCCUGCGACGGAAUCGGCAGCUGGCAGCUCGGCAGCACCGUCUGCAGAUUCCGAAGUCAAGGACGGUCACUACUGGCGCAACGUCAUGCAGUCUUGCAAGAACAAGCUCGCUGCUCAUUGUGCAGAGUGGGAGGCCUACCGAGCGGAGCACCCCGAGCUAACGGAUGAUUCGUUGGGCUCAAUCAUUGCCGCCAUUGGUCAAGCCAAUCUGUUGAUGAACAAGCGAUUCCCCCAGUACGCCGGUCUCUGCCAGGCUAGCAUCGAUCAGUCGGGCGAGCUCAAGACCCACGCAUCAGAUCUUGCUGGCUUCUGGGAGGUGAUUUACAUUCAGGUCGAGAACAUUUACGACCGCUUUGAACAGUUGGUCAAGCUCCGCGACAACAACUGGCAAGAACUGGAGCCACCAAAGCCCAAGACGUCUGGCGCUCCAAAGCGUCCUAUUGUGAGCGCGGCAUCACGCAAGCCCGCAACCGCAUCGUCGGCGGCCUCGACUAGUGGCGAAGCUGCAUCGUCUGCUGCAUCAACCAAGGCUGCUGCUGCAGAGGCGUCGCGUGAGGCCGCUCGCGCCCGCCUGGCUGCCGCAAAAGCCGCAAUGAAGAAGGGAGGAGCUCCUGACGCCAAUGUGCUGAGUCUGGGGGGAACCAGCUCGCCUCGCAGGAAUGCUGGGACCGUAAAGUUGCCCUCAACGCCUUCUCGCGUAGCUGUCAGCCUCGAGGGCUUCCGAUCAUCGCCACGUAGCGCUGCUCGCAAGCGAAUGGCUGGCGCCGCAGUCGCGAUGGAUGCGGAGGCUGAAGUCGCACCUUUGCUUGAAGAUGCUGCUCAACCAAAGAACACAGAUAAGGCCACCGGUAUUCCACGAGAACACCAAUUGGAUCUCCCCUCGACCCCAACUCGCAAGAGUGGACGCAACACACCAUCCAAACAAUAGGGCGAAUUUGGACACGUUGUGGGAGGGAGCGGGGCAGGUUUGUGGGGCCCCUUCCUCUUUGUCGCAUGAAGAACAUUGUUGAAAGUUUGCCUUGUUGAAGUCGAUUUCGGCAACCGCGUUGAAGAUUGAGAGACGUUGAUAAAAAGUGUGAAUGAAUGUAGUUGAGUUGUAUGGAUUUGGUUAACAACAGAAAUGAAAAAAAGUUAAAAGAAAAA